CGCGCGACACCACGCGCGCGCAGCUGGCAGCUGCUGCUGCUUUCAUUUGUUCCUCGUGCUGGAGACGACGGAGCAGCCGCCUUCUCCUCUUCCUCCACACACGGGGACCCUAUAGCUGUUCCUACGCAAGUUUUGCGCGUAACAAAGUGCUGCUUGAUUUUGAAGAGCUCAUUUUGCGCCGGUUUUAAUGUGUUUCAUGUGUUUACGCUCAACUGUGAGGUAGACUUGUUUUGCGUGAUUUUCUUUUUUUUCCCAGCAGCGUCGGCGUGCGGUUUUAAUCCCGUGGAUGCGACCGGGGUCGAUGUCUGAGCCCCGCAGGAUCAACCUGUCGUAGGGCAUCAUGGUUUCUGUCAUUCUCGGUAACUGGAGGAGGAUUAUUUCCUCUCAGAUGCUGCUGUUGGUGCCCCUUUUCUACCUUUUCUACCCAACUGGAGCGGCUCCUUCUGUGACUACCGAGCAGCUGGACAUGGGGGUGGACUGGCUGAGCAAGUUUGGCUACCUCCCUCCUCCCGACCCAGUGAGCGGCCAGCUGCAGACCAAGGAGGCCCUGACCAAGGCCAUCAAAGUCAUGCAGAAGUUUGGAGGGCUGAAGGAGACCGGAGUGUUGGACCAAGCUACUCUCGGUCUAAUGAAAACACCCAGAUGCUCACUGCCAGAUGUCUCUGACGCCGACGUGACGACGGGGCGGAGGAAACGAAGCUUGAACCUGCAAAACAAAUGGAAUAAAAGGCAUCUGUCUUGGAGAGUGAGGACAUUCCCAAAAGAUUCAGCCUUACUGGGCAGAGAAACGGUUCGAGCCCUCAUGUACUACGCCCUGAAGGUCUGGAGCGACAUUGCUCCUCUGAACUUCCACGAGGUUGCCGGCAGCGACGCAGACAUUCAGAUCGACUUCACCAAAGCUGACCACAACGAUGGAUACCCCUUUGAUGGGCCGGGCGGCACAGUGGCACACGCGUUCUUCCCUGGUGAGAGGUUCACAGCCGGAGACACUCACUUUGAUGAUGACGAGGCCUGGACCUUCAGAUCACCAGACUCUCACGGCAUGGAUCUGUUUGCGGUUGCAGUCCAUGAGUUUGGUCACGCCAUCGGUCUGGUCCACACGUCGGCUAUGGAGUCCAUCAUGAGACCAUACUACCAAGGACCUGUGGGAGACCCUCUGAAAUAUGAUCUACCGUACGAGGACAAAAUUCGUGUCUGGCAGCUCUACGGUGUCAGAGACUUUGUGUCGCACACAAAUCAGCCAGGCAAUCCCUCGCAGACCCCUGAGCCUCCUGUUCUCCUAGACCUUCCUGAAAACAGAUCCACUCUCCUAGUGGCGCAGGAUGCUCUGGACAGAUGUACCAGUCACUUUGAUGCUGUGGCCCAAAUACGAGGAGAGGCCUUCUUUUUCAAAGGGAAACACUUUUGGAGACUAACGCGAGAAAAGCACCUGGUGUCCCUUCGUCCUGCUCAGAUCCAUCGCUUCUGGAGAGGCCUUCCUCCUAACUUGGAUAGUGUGGAUGCCGUGUACGAGAGGCCAGGAGACCACAAAAUUGUAUUUUUUAAAGGUCAGAAGUACUGGGUGUUCAAAGACAAUAAUGUAGAGGAAGGUUAUCCUCGUCCAAUCAGUGACUUUGGACUGCCAGUGGAUGGAGUGGACGCAGCUUUUGUUUGGCUCCACAAUGACAAAACCUACUUCUUUAAAGAUAACAACUACUGGCGCUAUGAUGACCACUUCAGACGGAUGGACUUGGGGUUUCCUAAAGACACCAUGCUUUGGAAGGGGCUGCCGCUACAGCUGGAUGACGCCAUGAGAUGGUCUGAUGGCUCGUCCUAUUUCUUCAAGGGGAAGGAGUACUGGCGAGUGCCUGGCAGCGACAUGGAGGUGGAGGCAGGAUAUCCCCGCCUCAUCGCCAAGGACUGGCUGCACUGCACUGAGAUGCAGUCGGACUCUCCGGACUCAGAAACCAAAAGCACGGAGACGAGGGUCAACGAGCAUCACCACCCGGACCACGCGGAGAACGGGUUUGAAGUGUGCUCCUGCACCUCAGACACAGCCUCACCUUUGGGGACACAUCUCUCCACGUCCCCCACCUGGCUUCUGACUCCUUUCUGGACGCUGUUACUGACCCUCUGCUCUGAACUGCUAUAAUGGUUCUGGAGAAGGACUUUUUGAAUGAAGGGCCACUGACUGCUCAGCCAAAACAAACUGAAAGAAUUAGUUUAUAUAAUUACAGGGCUUUUUCUUCUGUUUGAACUUUGGACUGGGGGGGGUAUUAUUUAUUUGUAAUGUUGUUUUAAUCAUUUAAAAGGCCAGUUCAGCCAGUUUUACAAACUUUGGUUUAACUCUUAUAUAUGUAAACGGUCUCAUGUUCAUUGGUAGGGCUGACUACUUAUUAGCUGUUUCCUCAAACAUAUUCAGUUAUAUGAAUAUGAGCUUGUUAAUUAGACUCUGUUUGGAUUUAAGAGUAUUCACUUAAAGGCUUAAAGACAUUUUUGGAAAUAACUAUUUAUUUAUAGAGUUAAGUAUCGAGCGUCGAUUGGAACCGGGACUCAUUUUCAGUUUUCCCAGAGUCGUUGAAAUUUUUUUAUU